GGCGUAUCUCCCGCGACCGACGGCCCAUCAUGGACUACGGGACGUCGAACGGCUUCUUCUCGUUUGCAUCGGAGCUGGCCAAGCAGCUCACGCAGGAUGCCAUCGAGCUCUCGGCAACCGCGAUGGAGCUCUCGGCGUCGGCAGUCGAGACAGCCAAGUACAUUGCACACGAGUCGACUGCCGCCGUCGAGAAGGCGACGCUGCUGGCCCAAGAGGCGCUCGCCGAGCACUUUCCCGACGAAGCGCCCGAGGACUCGACCAGCGACGUCGCACCGGACGAUCUCGUGACGCUGCUGCCAUGGAUCAACGAGGACGGUAGCGUCCAUGAGAACGUCCAAGACGACGUUCUCGAGAUCAGCUGGGACUUGAACAACUUUAAUGUGCUGACGCACGACGAGCUCGCGCCGAUUUUCGACAUUGACCGGUACCUCUUGGUCGCGCCGCAGCUGCUCGCAUUCGAUGCACACCUCCGACAGCGCCAUUUCGAGUCGGCGCGCAAGAUCCCGGAAGAUGUGUUUUGGGGCAACUACUUUUACAUGUGCCACGUCGCGCGCCUGCGCCAUGGCCUCUCGCCGUACGUCGCGUCUGGGCUCAAGCCACUGCCAUCAUCGCCGCUCUCGUCGACGGCGUCCGAGUCGCUCCUACCGCUGGACCGGUCGUUCUAUGACUCUGCGCUCGACUCGCCGGACGCCGGUCGACCAACCUCCGUGUCAAUGCCAGAGCUCCUGGAAUCAGCCCAUGCAUCGCCGACGAUAGAGGAGACGAAGCGCAAGGCGGGCCUCCACUCGAAGCUCAAGCGCAGCAUGUCGUCCUGCAAGGAGCGCCUCGCAGCCACGGACGUGCACAAGUACAUGGACAAGGUGGCGCACUUUCGCGCCAAGCACCAGACGUCCAACCAGGCCCAGGACGACGACGGUGACGCGCCCGCGUCGCGCUUCCAACGCUGGUCGCAGACGUCUCGGGACCUCAAGUCGUCCUUACGGCGGCACAGUGUCACGUCGUCAUAUCUAAAGACUGGGGCGUCCUUGCCGGCAUCCGUGUCGUCGGCCGUCCAGAAGCUGCCACGCUGGGUACCGGGCCGUGGGCUUCGAAGCAAGAGCUUGUCGGUCUCCGAGAUGCAGCAUCUGCGGGACAUCCAAGCGCGGCUGUAUGCGUCCGACGCUCCGAUCCUCGAGUCGCCGCCGCCGCUGAGCGACGAGCUUUGAAAAAAGUGCACCCAUUUAUAACAAAGUGCCAUGAAAAGUCAACCAAGCUGCAAUAGAUAAAAGAGAAAUGGCGUGUUUCUAGCCG